UGCGACGCCGGAGCGCAGCGCGGGCUCCCACUCGCCAUGAGCCACCUCUUCAGUCCCCGGCUGCCUGCUCUGGCCGCCUCUCCCAUGCUCUAUCUGUACGGCCCCGAGAGACCCGGGCUGCCUCUGGCCUUCGCCCCCGCGGCCGCGCUGGCGGCCUCGGGCCGGGGGGAGCCCCCCCAGAAGCCGCCCUACAGCUACAUCGCGCUCAUAGCCAUGGCGAUCCAGGAUGCGCCUGAGCAGAGGGUCACACUCAACGGCAUCUACCAGUUCAUCAUGGACCGCUUCCCUUUCUACCAGGAUAACCGACAGGGCUGGCAGAACAGCAUCCGCCACAACCUCUCGCUCAACGACUGCUUCGUCAAGGUGCCCCGCGAGAAAGGACGGCCCGGCAAGGGCAGCUACUGGACGCUGGACCCUCGCUGCCUGGAUAUGUUCGAGAAUGGCAACUACCGGCGCCGGAAGAGGAAGCCCAAGCCGGGCCCCGGAGCCCCGGAGGCCAAGCGGGCCCGCGCCGAGCUGCAGGAGCGCGGCGCAGAAGCGCAGCCGGAGGUGGGGAGAGGGGGCGCGCGCCCCCGCCCCGCGACCCCCAUCCACGGGGGAGCGCCUGCGCGCCCCUCGCCCCUCCGGGAAGGCUCCUCUCCUCCGGCGUCCCUCCACCGGCCCAGGCCCGCGUCGCCCUCUGGGGACGCAGGCGACGCGCUCCAGGGCGCAGCGACCGUGGCCGCCAGCCAGCCCGCGCGCACGGUGGAUGGCUCGCGGUCCCCUCCGCGCCCCGCCUCCCGCAGUUCUCCGAAGAGCUCGGACAAGUCCAAGAGCUUCAGCAUAGACAGCAUCCUGGCGGGACGGCAGGGGCAAAAGCCGGCUGGAGGGGGCGAGCUCCUGGGGGGCGCCAAGCAGGGGCCCGGCGGCUGUCUGGGCGCCUCGCUUCUGGCCACCUCCUCCGGCCUCCGUCCACCUUUCAACGCUUCCCUGAUGCUCGACCCGCACGUCCAGGGCGGCUUUUACCAGCUCGGGAUCCCUUUCCUCUCCUAUUUCCCUCUGCAGCUCCCCGACACGGUGCUUCAUUUCCAGUAAGGCGAACAGUGCCUGAUCUUUCCCCCGGCCUGGUCUGAGCUUCCUGUGAGCAACCAGG